CCCCAACUCCCCCACGUUUCCUCUUUCCCAUAUAACGUUCACCAUCCCCUCCCCUGCUUCAUCUCUCCCCAUAGCAAUCUCUGCGUGCAGCUCAUAUUUUCUUGGCUUCCUUCUCUCCUCUGCUUGUUAAUUGGAUCCCCUGAUCGCAACCUCUGGUGUUUAGUAUUCCCCUGUUAGGAAAAACCUUUUCUACAAUUCCCUGUCCUCAUCCCCCCGUUCUCUGAUCCAUAAUUCACACUCCAGUAGUCUAAAUCUGCUAUUUUGAUCCCCAAAAUCCAAUCAAAAUCGGUUUUUUAUCAGUAUCUCUCAGAUUCCGGUAGCAGGGCAACCAGGGACCAAAAAGAGCCAUCUUUGGGCUCAGUUUCUAUCGGCUGGGCUUAUAAUUCCAGUCCAAAUGGCCAUUACCAUAAGGCCGGCCAUCCUACUCCUCCCUCUCCUCCUCUCCCUCUUCCUCCGUUCCUCCGCCCAGAACUGCCUCAACGAGACCUUCUCCAACAACAAACUCUACGACCGCUGCAGCUCCCUCGUUCUUCUCAGCGCCACCCUCCACUGGACCUACCACCCUUCCAACGGCACGGCCGAUAUCGCCUACCGGGCGCCGCAGAACUCCUCGGGCUUCGUCGCCUGGGCCAUCAACCCCUCCAGCUCCGGCAUGAUAGGCGCCAACGCUCUCCUCGCCUUCCACAACUCCAGCGGCGCAGUCACCGUGAUCUCCUAUGUCUUCAACAGCUACAGUCCUUCGGUGCGCGACAGCAAGCUCAGCUUCACCGUCUACAGCCGGGAGGCUGAGUAUUCCAACGGUGCGUACACCAUCUAUGCGACGGUGGCCCUCGCGGGUAACAAGACGACGUUGAACACCGUGUGGCAGGCCGGGCAGGUCACCGGAGGGGUGCCCGUCGGCCACGCAACGACCGGCGACAACAUUAAAUCCAAAGGAAGCACCAAUUUCCUCUCCGGGUAGUCGUCGAACCGUGGUCGGUUGGGGAGGGAAUUCAAUAUCUAAAUAACUAUUUUACAUCUGGAGGAACUUUUAGAAGAUUUAUGAUAUAUGCACGUAAUAUAUGAUUCCAAGUUAUUUUAGGACCUUUUUGGGAUUGUUUUAUUUAUAGGGGUCUAUUUGUUAUUUUGUGAUUCUGUAUAUAUAUAUAUAUAUAGGUCCACUCUCAUG